AUGCCUCUUGGAAUUCUUGAACAAUAUGGUAUGGAGUACAUUCCGGGUACCGUACCGCUGCAAGACUCUGGAAGCGCUCCUAUACCAGAUCAACAUACCAGCAAUCCCAGUCUGCUCAAGCACGAUAAUUCAGGAAAAUUUGUUUUGGUCCCACAACCAUCAGACGAUCCCAAUGACCCGCUCAAUUGGCCUCGUUGGCGCAAAGAGAUGUUCAUAGUUAGCGCCAUUUGGGGCGUGACAUGUGUUGGAGCCAUUGGACCACUACUUGCUCCAGCAUAUGUCCAACUUGCAGAAACUUGGAAUGUCUCUCUACAGCAGUUCUCCUCAGGCACUAAUGGGGCGCUCAUUGUCUGCUUGGCAGCCGCUACACUUGUCGGCAACCUACUGGCAGUCCAAUUUGGGAAGCGUCCAGUCUAUCUCACAGCCGCUAUUGGACUGGUGGCAACAAGUUUUUGGGGAUCAGCAUCGACUAGCUGGACAUCUUUUGUCGCUUCUCGUGCCUUCGCAGGUAUAUCUAUGGCUCCAGCAGAAAGUCUCAUCCCAGCUUCGAUUGCAGAUAUAUGGUACGUCCACGAACGAGGAACCAGAACGGCACUGUUCAAUCUCGCCUUCAUGGCGGGAGUCAGCAUAGGGCCACUGAUCGCUGGUCAGCUCAUUCAACGCUACGACUGGAGGAUAUGCUCCUACGCAAUGUCCGCUGCUCUGGUGAUCAACCUGUUCUUGACGUUUUUCUUCAUGCCCGAGACAGCCUAUCAACGAGUCGGGACUGAAGCUCACCGGAACUUGGCUAAUCAGGAAAAAGGUGCCGACCUCGAAGAAAGGAUUGAAGAUAAUACUCAAACAAUGCAUCAUGAUCAGGGGUCUCCUCAACCCCCGACAAUUGCGAGGAGGCCAUUCAGAACUGAACUAGCCUUUUACAGCGGAUACUUUCAUCCAAUAUCCUUCUGGAAGACGCUUCUGAGCCCUUUCAAGCUGUUCAGGUCGCCUAUAGUGCUCUGGGCAUCGGUUGUCUACAUGACAGCAAUAGUCUGCAUAGUGAUAUUGACUAUCGGAGCUUCCCAAAUCUUCUCCAGUCAACCAUAUAACUUCGGCGUUUCAGCGGUUGGGAAUACCUUCUUGUCAGCUUUCAUAGCGUCUAUAAUGGGCACUGUUGCGGCUAGUCCGCUGGUUGAUGGAGUCAGCAGAUUUAUGGCGAGGAAAAACGGGGGUCUAUUCGAACCUGAGUUCCGCUUACCCGCAGUCAUGUGUUAUCUGCUCUUCACAGCUACAGGGUUCUUCUCGGCCGGCCAAAGUCUAGGUUUGGGCAUGCCAUGGCAAAUCCCCGUUAUCUUGUCCUUCAGCUUUGUCAACUUCGGGGUGGUGAUAGCAGCAACAGUCGCCAUCACGUACACUGUCGAUUGUCACCAUGAACAUGCAGCAGAAGCUGUGUCGGUCAUGGUCUUUUUGAAAAAUAUGUUCGGCUUUGGUACAACAUACUAUCUCAAUGACUGGAUCACCAACAGCGGCGUAAGAAAUGUGUUCUUUACUUUGGGAGGGAUUACAGCAGCAAUAACACUGUCUGCCAUACCCAUGUAA